AUGGCCAAAGAAAAAUCAGUCAACCCCGCUCAGGCCGCCCACAAAGCGGAAAAGGCAAAGGCGCUCAAGAAAGGAAAGGCCCAGGUCCAAGCCCAGCGUCAAGAACGGCUCGCAAAACGCAACCCGGAGCGCCUGCAGCGCGAAAUUGAGGACCUCAAGGCUCGGGGGGAGAGCGGAGACCUACGACCACAUGAUCGACAGAGACUAGGGCAAUUGGAGAAGGAGGCUGCAGCAGUCAAAAAGGCGCGUGAGGCAUUAGGGGACAAGGCGCCGCGUUUCGGGAGUGGUGAAGAGAGGAGAGACGGAAACGAUCAAAGAGGUGGUAGAGGCGGGGCAAGAGGUGGAGCGAGGGGAGGUGGUGUGCUAGGCAAGCGGAGGAGGGACGGCGAGCGGAGUGGCAGGGAGUCGAGCAGCGACACAGACGAAGACGCUCGACACAUACCCAUGCCGAGGGACACUCCUCCACCUCUCCCACGCCGUCACGUCUCUCGUCCGGACAACAACGCAAAUGAUACACCUCUUGGAGAUCCCCGCCUACCACAUGUACUCCCACCGAAGCCAGUCGCGAAGAUAGUGUACGAAUCCGCACCACAAUUACGGGACCUUAGGAAGGAAGCGACGAGCAAAUUUGUUCCAACGGCUGUUCAGAGCAAACUCAAGCUGGCAAAGGGUGGUGUUCAAGGACGGCUUCUUGAGCCAGAAGAGCUGGAAAAGCUAGAAAAGGAGGGAUAUGCAGCUGCCGGAAAGGCGGCGGAGGCAGGAGCACAAGAAGCAGAGCAUAGGCUGGCAAACCGAGCAGUGGGGAAAGCCGAUAUGGAUUUGGAUGCUAUUGAGGCCGAGUUUGAGAGAGAGCUGAGAGAUAUUGAGAUGGAGGAUGCCCGGACCGUGGAUCGAGAUGCAGAGGGAGCGGCUGAGGCAGCAGUACAAGAGGCAGAGCACCUGAUGAUAGCUGCAGAAGCAGAGGGGAAGAUACGGGACUCGAAAAGCGAAGGGCAUGUAGCUGAGAGACAGCUCCGACAUGUGGAGAUUGAAGAGGUUGAGGAUGAAGACUUGUAA